CCUGUUCCCCCUCCUAAACAAAACGCACACACGGGCACACUCGCGCUUCCCCCUCCCCGUCUUAAUGUCAUUAUCUCAAACGGGGACAUUAAUCCGUUUGCCGGAGCUCGCCGUGUCCGUGCACGACUUUGCUGUUAGCGGCCACCAGAGGAGCCCUUCGAUUGGCCGGGAGGCGGAGCCGCAGCAGUGCUGGGACCCCAGGAGACAGGCCAGGAGCUCCGCCGUUUUAUUAGUGAGGAGGCAGCGAGCUGCGCAGCCACGUCUCGUGCAGCUGUCCCACUGACGACAGGGGUGUCGCUCUGUCGCCAGAGACGCUUCUGAUUAAAUCCCAUCCCCCCCUUCUUGUGAUGCGAGAGCGAUGCUGACGGACUCGCUUUGCCUGAGAAGCUUCCUGAAUAGGGACGACUGAAGAGGGGGGACGCCAGUCCCUGCAUCCGCUACCCUGCAGCCCACCACCCAUCCGUAUGGCGCUGCUUCGCGGCCGGAUGCGUUCUCGUUACCCCCUGACUACGUACCAAAUCCUCAUUUUUAAAUCUCUCUCGCUGUCGACAUCCUUCCGGAAGAUUCCAAACGCAACCAGCCUUUGUUAGGGCUGCUUCCUGCAACCGAUCCCUUUGGAUUACCUCGGUUUCCCCUCAACAUGGGCCGCGUUGCCGUUACGGACCCCCACAGGAGGACCGCUGCUCCGGCCGUGUGACUCCUUUCCCCAGCCUGCACCAGGGCUCCGUCUUGCUCCUGUUGUCAAGGUGCUCGCUGGCUUCUCUCCCUCCUGGGGUCGAAGGGGUGGCUUCUUUUGAAGUUGGCCCUACGCAUCUGUUUGGUGGAAUUUUGUACCCUCCCCAUGAAAAGUCAUCGUGCUGGCCUGCGUCACACUCCAACCUGAUCCCAGCAGGACCCCCCCCCCCAGGACACCCUGCCGCCGACAGCGAUGCAUGACCUAUACGUGACGCAGCCGGGCCGAGAGAUGGAGAGCCACUCUGGGAUGGAGGUCAGACCCCCUCACGGUGCCCCUGCUGAGGACCGGGAUGCCGCUUUGGCCAGGGGGACCCAGGGUCUGGAAAUGACGGUGCCGCGACUCCCCGGCCUGAGCAAACGGCACCAUUCACUGUACGAGGGGCUGGGGUGCUGUGACGCGGCAGCGUGCGGAAAGAAUGGGACGGACUGCAGCUACCUGGUCCGGCAGAACGCAGAGCUGCUGCGUGCCCUGGGAGACCUGGAGAAGACCUGCGCUGCCCUGAAGGAGGAGAAUGGCCUGCUGCGCAAAAGCCGCUCACCUGAGACCGAGGAGAAGGUGAAGCGGCUGAAAAGGAAGAACACAGAGCUGGCAGUGAUCGCCAAAAGGCUGGAGGAGCGAGCGCGCAAAUUGCAGGAGGCCAACCUCCGAGUGGUGAAUGUCCCAGCAUCGAUGAGGGCCGGCAGUGCUGUAGAACAGUACAAGCGGGCCUUUGCCCGGCAGCGGGCCCGCGACCUGGCCCAGCAUGCAGACACGCUGCUCUGCAAGGACAAGGAGAUUGCCAACCUGCGACGCCAGUGCCACGAGCUGCAGGCGCGCGUCGGCACCGCCAAGGGGAUCCCUGGCUCGGCUCACCUCCCUGAGGUUGAGCGGCUCCUGCGCGAGUCCCAGAAGGAGGUUCUGCGGCUGCAGAGGCAGCUGUCUGUGUCCUCGGCCAAAGAUGGCAGUGCAGGCUACCCAGAGAAGGCUAAGGGCGAGAGCCCCAUCCCCGAAGUAAGCAGGGCCCCCACUGUACCUAAUACUGACAGCAUGGACAAAGGGGCGGAGCAGGAGUGUCACGUGACCCCCGAACCGGAAGCCACCGCCCAGAAUGAGGGCCGGCCAAAGGAUCAGCACUUGCACUUCCUGGAAACUGAGCUCACCAAAAAGCGAAAAGAGUGUGAAAGUCUGCAGAAUGAUGCGAGAAAAAGACAGAGGAGAUGCCUGGAUCUGGAGAGCCAGCUGGAGGAUGAGCGAGGCAAAAACGAGCAGCUAGCAGAGGAACUGGGCCACCUUAGGCAGAUGGUACAGCAGCUCGCCCAGGCUCAGGUGGAGAAUGCGGAGCUGAGAGAGGACCUGUCCGAACUGACUGCCCAACACAAUUUGGUUCUCGAGGAAAACCAAAGACUGCGUGCCAAGCUGGAGAACCUCGAGCAGGUCCUGAAGCAUAUGCGCGAGAUUGCCGAGCGCCGGCAGCGGCUGGAGCUGGAGCAUGAGCAGGCCCUGUCAGUGCUACGCUUCAAGCAGGAUGAGGUCAAGCGGCUGCAGCGGGCGCAGUUUUUCACCAAGAGGGAGCAUGAUGGUGUGGUGCAGCUGUUGGAGGAACUGGUCCAGCUAGUGUUGCAGAGAGAGCUGGCUAAGGUGCGUGACCUGGAGGAUAAGUGCCGAACCCAGAGCGAGCAGUUCACCCUUCUGUCUCGGGACCUGGAACGAUUCCGAAUGCGCGCCAGCAGGACGGAGAUCCCAGCCCAGCUGGGCAGCGAGGAUGGAGAUGUGGGCAAGAGCGUCCCACUAGCGGAGAGCCGGGCACAGGCAGAGUCCGCCCCGGUCACGCAGACCCGCGAGCCACCAUUGGUCAGUGCCAAAUCAGGCUCUGUCUCCAGCACGCCCAAGUCAGAGCCGCAGCAGGUCACCCCGAAGUCCGAGUCCCUCCCACAGAGCUCUCAGAAGUCCUCUGCGACCCAGGAGGUGGACACGGCCAGCGAGGUGGAGGAGCUGGAUAUUGACGUGUCCCCAAUCCCGUACCCUAGGAGCCAGGCAGCUACAAAGCUGCAGGUCUUCAUUGCCAGAUACAGUUACAAUCCAUAUGAUGGCCCCAACGACAGCCCAGAAGGAGAGCUCCCCCUCACUGCUGGGGAAUACAUCUACAUUUACGGAGAUAUGGAUGAUGACGGCUUUUACGAAGGAGAGCUGAUGGAUGGCCGCAGAGGGCUGGUACCCUCCAACUUCGUCGAGCGGGUCUCCGAUGACGACGUGAUGAACCUCCACCCGCCCGAGGCUGGAGAGCUCUCCCACGGCUCUUUCCAAGAGUUCAGCUUCCAAAGCAGUAGCGAGAAGCUCCUUCGCUUCAGCAUCACCAGCUUGGAGAAGACUGAGACCCCUGCCCCGGCCGAGCAUGCCCCAAGAAAGAGCCCAGCGCCCCUGACCAACGGCCUGGACCUGGACGUGGAAGACAUGGGUGUCGAUAUAGUGCCUUACCCCCGGAAACUGACCAUUAUCAAGCAGCUAGUCAAAAGCGUCAUCAUCAGCUGGGACCCGCCCUUGGCACCUUGCGGCUGGGCUGGCGUCUGCAGCUACAACGUCUAUGUGGAUGAUGAUCUGCGGGUCAGUGUGCCCCUGGGCUCUCAGACCAAGGCCGUGCUGGAGCAGCUCGACAUUGCAGAGAGAUGCUACCGCAUCUCCGUGCAAAGCCUGACGGAUCGGGCUGCCUCAGACCGCCUGCGCUGCAGCCUCCUUGUGGGCAGAGACGUGAGCGCGGCUCCCGCCAUGCUGAAAGUGGAGCGCAUCACUGCCACCUCUGCCAGCCUCAACUGGUUGCCUAGCAACAGUAACUACGCGCAUGUGGUACACCUGGAUGACGAGGAGUAUGAGCUGGUUCGGGCUGGCUGCUACUCGCUCUGCCUGGGGAACUUGAAGCCCAACACGGCAUAUCAAGUCAGGGUGGAGGCACAACCUCCCCCCAACAUGCCCUGGGAACUGCCCCCGGGGAUACCGGAGCACAGGAGUGCCCUGACGUCUUUCACCACGCUCACGGCAGGCCCUCCUGACGCCCCAUUGGACGUGCAGCUGGAGAUGGGCCCCUCCCCCGGGAUUGUGCUUGUCAGCUGGCUCCCAGUCACCAUCGAUGCGGCUGGGACAUCUAACGGUGUCCCCGUCACGGGCUACACCAUCUACGCUGACAGGAAGAAAGUGUUGGAGGUGGCCUCUCCGACGGCAGGUAGCGCCCUCAUUGGCCCAUCGCAGAUCGACGCCCUGCAGAGUGCCCGUGAGCUGACGGUGUGCACCAUGUCCCCCCUGGGGGAGUCUGCUGACUCCACACCCGUCGAUGUGCAGGCCAAGCUGGUGCCAGUUGUGGAAGCGCUGACCCCCUCCCCGCUCAGUUCUGCGGAGACCCCCCCAGUCCCUGCUCUACGCUCCCUGUCCCCUUCCCAGGAACUCAUAGCCACCAAAACCCCCGGACUGUCCUGUGACCCUCCGCAGGCGAUCCUCCCCAUUAAAGAUGGAGUCUGGGUGGACCCCUCAGCUGCUAACCCCCUCGGGGCUCCCCCGGUGAAACAGGAGGCCUCACCCACAGCAGAAUUAUGCUGCAGCCAACCGGUUAGUUUGGCCUCGCCCUCGGAUGAGGCCCAGGCCCUGGACUCCAGAAAAGAUCCUGAAAGCCCAGGAGUCAAGCGUCCUACUGUGUCCAUCUCAGAAUUCCUGGAUGGUGUGGUUUCCAGCGCCGAACCCAGCACAGCAACGCCGGGGGACAUCCCAGCUCCCCCCAAGCCUACCUGCCUGCAGGCAGCCAUUCCCCCCGACCCUCAAAAUGUCUCAGAAACACACACCCUGCUGCCCGCAAGCCCCUUGCCCCUGGAGUCAGAAGUGGAGUAUGAGAUUGACCGGGAGAAUGCUCGAGUGGGGUCCAUCGACGACUUCCUGGAUUCUGAUAGGCUGCACCAUCCGCCAGUCAGGCAGGAGGACAGCUUCCUGCAGAGACGCCAGGACUACGACUCCCACCAGAUGGAACUGGCUGGCUCCCACCGGCUAGGUGACUUCCACGCAGAGAGCAGCCGGGGCUCGGACCUAUCAGACAUCAUGGAGGAAGAGGAGGAGGACCUCUACUCCGACCCCGUGGCAGACAGCCUGGGACCCAGGGAAUCCCUCAGGAGCUGGGGCCUACAAGCGACCACAGACAGGCAUGAAUGGAGUGACCAGGUAUCGGAGGUGACAGGCGGAGAAGUAAAGCCAGCUGAAGAUCUCCCCACACAGGGCGCUGUGGAGCUUAGAGGCAGGGCGGCGGCCAAACAGCACCCAGGAGACAGCGAUGUGCGGCUUUUUGUGGCCCUGUUCCCCUACGACCCAGCCAGCAUGUCCCCUAACCCAGAUGCCAUUGAGGAGGAGCUGCCCUUCAAAGAGGGGCAAAUAAUUAAGGUGUAUGGUGACAAAGAUCCUGACGGCUUCUAUCGUGGCGAGUCGGCUGGUCACAUGGGAUACGUUCCAUGCAACAUGGUGUCCGAGAUCCAGGUGGAUGAUGAGGAUACGCGGGAGCAGCUGCUCCAGCAGGGUUUCCUGUCGGCCGACGCCUCCAUGGAGAAAAUAGGCGCUCGUUCACACGCUCCGCUACCCCGCCGCCCUGCCCCGCCGCCGAAACCUAGGCGAUCCAAGAAAGUGGAAUCUGCCGGUGUCUGGGACGACAGUGUUGCCUCGAGUCGAGAUAGCAGCCAGGCCACUAGCAGGCACCAAAGCAACGCCCCUCGCAGGAUGGUAGCCAUCUUUGACUAUGACCCCAAAGAGAGCUCUCCCAAUGCAGAUGUUGAGGCCGAGCUGAUGUUCAGCGCUGGAGAUAUUAUUUAUGUGUUUGGUGACAUGGAUGACGACGGCUUCUUCUGCGGGGACCUGAAUGGCCGGAAGGGCCUAGUGCCAUCAAACUUCCUGCAGGCCCUACCUGAGGAAGAGGGGGGGAUGGGUGGCAGUGCAGCGCUGGAUGCAAGAAAGUCUGAAAGCAGGCAGGAGUCCCAGUUUGAGAGCAGAGCUGAAGAUACCAUAGGUACAGCUGUUCAAGAAGAACAUUUGGUGAUCCCCGUGGCCCUGAAGGCACCGGCCGAACCGCAGGCGCCAGCACCGCAGUACUCCCCCACCCCGGAGCAGCUACCCCCCAGCUCUGCCCAGCCCCAACCGCCCCCCAUGGAGAGGGACGCCUCCCCCGUGGGCAAGAAGAAGAAGGGCUUUUUCUCUAAGGGCAAGAAGCUCUUCAGGAAGCUGGGAUCCAGCAAGAAGGAGUGAAGAGUGGGGUUGAGGCGUCAACGAGAAGGCAGGACCCCCCACCUACUCUGGGGCGCAUGUGUGGAUAUAGUGUCACUCUGACUCAGUCACACUCUCUGGCCCUCACAGAGGUCCCCCAGAGUUCCGCUACGUAAUCAUUCAUCGGCAGGUGUUACCUUUGCUUUCCUUAAGCACACGCAGAAACACAGCAGCUUAGCUUUCAUAAACACUUCAUAACUUUCAGCAUUAGCCGGAACGAAUAUUGAAGCCGCUUCGUUACCAAGGCUUGAUGUCUGUCAGAAGCUUCAUGUUUGUCUUGCGUCUCUCAAUAGAUAAAAGACCAGAAGGGUAAUGAACACGCUGGCAGGACUAAUAACUUAAUAAACACCACCACAGAUUUUAAACUUCGUUUUACAUUCAUCCCCUCACACAUGGAUGGACUGCAAGUGUUUUUAUGAUGGCCAUGUGGCUGGAAAUGGGCUUGCCUGCUCUGCUGGCUGUCUGCCUCAUUGGCUCAGGCGAUACAGGAGGGCUUUACAGCAAAGUGCUUUUAACUCGCCAGGUGCUCGUUGCAUGCUUCUUCUCAGAGGUAUUUUAUUUUCCUUCCUCUUAAACGUCGUGUCAGUGUUAUACUCUAUACCACUGUAUUCUCUGUUGGGACAUGCCAGACCAGCAGUCCUUGGGGUAGCAUCCCCCUUUACAACGGUUUAAAAAAAAAAUCUUAAUUUUUUUUUUUUUUUUAAAUGAAAAAAAAAAUGUAUUUAUUUAAAUUUAAAUGUUGGACUAUGGUUCCCUUGUUGUGACUAGCCUGGUUGGGUGUAGAGUAACAUUGGGACGUUCUUAAGCAGGAUGUGCUGCGGCCUUUCUGCUGUGCCCGCACUCUGACGUGUCAUGUGACAUCAGUUUGCACUGCCUGGCCGAUGCCUCCACCCCCUUAGAUGGAAUUGCUGCCUUUUUUAAUCUGGCUCUGUUUUAGGAGUGUGGUCUCAUUGUCCAUCUAAUGACCCUUUUUUCCCCCAUUUUCAAACUCCACAACUGAUCGGUUAAUCGAUUUGUGAGUCAAUGAUUCUGCCCUUCAACCAUUUUUAUUUGAUAAUGUGCAGCAAAAAGAUACAAAAAUCCGUGUCCCCUCUUAAAUUAUUGUUUAUCUGAGACAGACAAAUGUAUAUCCAGGAAGUGGCCAAAGAUUAAAUGAUUUUUCUUUGGUUUCAUUCUUUCUCCCUCUUAUGCUCUUUGACUACAGGGCUCUUGAAAACCCAGCUUGCAGGGUCAUGUGUCCAUUUACCCGCCAAAUGUUAGGAGAUCCGCCCACAUCACCCCCCAACGUGAGAAAGAGGCCCAUCUAGGCUGACAGAGACUGAGCCAGGACUCUGUGUGUGUUUCUGUGAUGGUUUUUCACUUUAUUUUACUGAAGUCGACAUGGAUGGCCAGUCGCAUUAAGUAUGAAGCUUGAACCUAUGUACAGGGCAGAAAAAAGCACUUUGAGACGAUCGACAACGUGAAAUGCAGGCGUCCUUUGGUUUGCGAUGGCCCCUGCAGGUCUGUGAAAUGGCAGGCGGUGUUGCGAUUCUAGAUUGGUGGCUCGUGUCUGUUAGCUAGCUGACACCCCACAUGCCCAACCUUACCGUCUGCUAGUCACUUUGUCACAUGCUGUUUACAUGGUCGCAUGGACAAGCCCAUCAUUUGCCUUAUUUAUUAUAUUUAUGUAUUUAUAGCAGUAUCUGGCAAUUUUAUUAAUUUGUUUAAGUUUGCUUGAUCAGUGCAAUGGCAGCCCACUGGGUAACACGCAUGAUGUGCUUUUAAUGAGGAUGAAGGAGCACAGGGUUUCAUCCAUGCCGCGUAUUUUCUCUCUAAAACGGUAGGUCUGAUUUUUUUAAUUAUUUUUGUUUAAUUAUAUGAAUACGUAUCAAGGUUUUUAUAACCUGUUUUGAAGUCUCACCUGUAAAUAAACCUUUUGUUAUUGCAUGUUUUCUUCAGUGUCUGUCAAGAUGGAGUCGGUGCAAAAAGGAGUUUUACUGUCAAGUGUAGGGAGCUCUGACACCGAUCAGUCUUUUUACAGGAAUAAAGUCUAUUUUCACAAA